UCAUUGUAUGUUGUGCUGUCGCAACGGAAUGUCCCGUUGAGAAAGGAAAAAUUGGCUUGGAAAAUGGAUAUUGACGUUGAUGAGUUCAUGUUGAAGUCCACCGCUGGAUACAACUUUCAGUACAUCGAUGUUAAAGAUUUGGACCGUAUUAUAAGGAAUGUUACAAAGAAUUCCUAUUUUCAAAAUCAGACUGCACCUCACGCACCGAGUGCUGAGGCGAGGAAUACGGAUGUUCGGAUGUUGUCUGAUGGUGAAAUAGAUGAAAUUUUGCGCACCACUGAGAAUGAUCUGAAGGAGGAGUUGCUUGCUGUUGAUGGUAAUCAAAACGCUAUUGAAUGUCAGCUAGAGCUUCCAGAAGAAUUUAGUGAUGAAGCCUCAACGGUUUGUUCCUCGUCUGCAUCGUCGAUUGUUGAUUCGCCUGCUAGAGACUCCGACCAUAGUAUCACCGAUGAAAUAGCCGAUAUUGAAGAUAACUUAGCGUUUGGUGAUGAUUAUUGCUUUGGCGAUGCCAGGCCUGUGGAGAACAUUUCACAGUCUUCUGAAGAGAAGAAUCGCGCCGAACCGCUCACUUCCAUAGAGACCUAUUUUGAUUUUCUCGAUUCAGAAACGAUUGUGGAAGAGGUGAUACUGCCACCAGAAGACAACGAUGGCGAUUCGGAGGGCUCUGAGUAUGUGGCGCCGGUAAUCAAGGUUCAUUCACCUGUGAAACCCCCAUCGGCAUUAAUCAGAACUUACGAAAACCAAUGCAAGGAACCAGUGAACACGGUUCAACCGGUUUUCGAUUUCGAAGCAAUUGAACGAUCCAGCAAGUCUAGCCCGGAUUGUAAAUCUGCUUCGCAGGUGUGCGACGCUAGAUCCAACGAAAGAAUGCGAUCAUCCUCGCGGAAGUCACUUUUAGAUGCAUUUGACACGUUUAUCAAAAUUACGGAAUUGCAAAAGAAGGUGUGCAUGUUGAUUGAUGAUAUAGGUCACUGUUUGGGGAAAAGAGCGGAGCCGGAGGAUGAGCUCGAACAAAGAAAGCUGGAAAAACGAACAGCCGAAUUCCAGAUCAGAUUCCAGAGAAACUAUCUCUAUCAGAUAAAUCGACUGGAAGAAGAUAUCCAUAUAAUACCGAAAGAAUCGGCGGAAUUGGCUCAGAAAAUUUAUCAACUUUAUAGAUGCAUUUAUCAAGGACUGAAAUUUUAUUUGAAGAAUAUGAAGUAUUUUGUAAUUGAUGUUAGUCCCGAGAAACUUUGGACUUUGGCUAAGCUAAUUUUCAGAGCGACAAAGGUUUGCGUUCAAAAGAAAGUUUUUGACGAUGAUGAUUUGAUAGUGGAGGAACUAUACGACAAAUGUCAUGUUUUAAAGACACGUUUGAAAGAGGAAGUCCAAAAACAGAAAACACACUCAAAAAAGUCCAAACAGACCAAGCCUUCGAGUAGUGUUGCAUCUUCAAGUCACGUUCAGGUCUCGAAACUAUCGAUGUAUGGAGCCACCACUCCGUUUCAAAAGAAGCGUACAAAAAUUAACAAGAGUGUUAAUCUGCCGACCAAAAAAACUCUAACCGCAGCGAAACCGAACCCAACCAAGCCCCCGAAGGCUGAAACCGUGACAAAGCCUCAACGUGGCAAAAUAACUGCGGUCCCAAUAGUUCAAUCCAGUUCUUCCUCGCUGAACUGCAACAAAAGUUCGAUGCGUGUUCGUUCGGUACGCACCGCAGCGAAACCGAUCGACGAUGUUGUAACCAUGGUCCAGCAACAGUCGGAUCCCCUAGCCAACUCUCGUCUGCUGAAGGAAGUUUCCAGUGCUCUCACGAAGAUGUCCAACAGUCGGGAUGCUGCCAUCAGUCCGGAGGUCAACCAACAGCUGCACCAGAUGAUUAUAGACACAAUACAGAACAUUACCCGACAACAGCUGAAUCAAUUGAUACCAUCGCUUGAGGUGAGUGAACGUGUGAAUGAACGUUUCAUUUAUUUCAUUAUGAAUAUAUUUUAACACACUUCUGAUAAAUUAAUAGCAGUAACAUAUAUCGAGCGUCUGAAGCUAUGAUAGAGAAGUAAAGAGAGAGAGGAGAUGUUUUCAUAUAAUGCUGUUGCUCGUGUUGACGAUUAUCUAGGGAGAGAGAGAGAUGGAGCCGAUGAUGAUGCGCGCUUAGACUGCGCACUUCUCGCAAAUCGGUUGUUUGUCCUUGUCGGAACGGAACUUGGAAUCCACUCCAAUUGGUUCCUUGCA